AUGUUCGAACAUUCGGAUCCACAGCCGUUGAAUCCAGAGAACUUUGUCCGAAAUGCAUGCGGAUUCAAUGAGUACGUUCUGCCGAGUAAUGUUCGUCCGAAAUAUGGGAUAAAAUUCCGACUACAUACACAGAGAGCAGGGACCAAAACGCCAAGGACACAUAUUUGGAGGUUUUUUUGAACUUUUUUUUUCGAAAAUGAUGCAAUCAAGUUUUGAAAUAACGUGUGAAUAUAUCAAAGUCUGAGGAAUUUUUUUCAAAUUUUUUUAACUUUUUCGUUCAAAUUGGCACUUUUUGGAUAAGUGGAUUAGUUCUAAAUUCGUAGCUUUUUUUCGGUUUGAACUUAAAAAAAUUAAUUAUUUUGGAGUUUUUUUAUAGGACCAGCGAUCAUUUUAGACACGAAAUAUGAAAAAAAGCUUCAAAAAUUUCAACUUUUGAUCUGACUUUUUGAAAAAUUUUUUUGCUUUUUUUAUUGAAGUUAGCUUACUAUUUGGUAUUUUUUUGAAAAAAAUUUUUAAAUUGAUUUUACUACUCUUUUUUUCAUUUUCUGUGUAAUCUGUGUUAAGGUGAAUGAAUAUUUUGAAUUUUUUUCCAAAAAAAGGAGAGAAAUUCAACUUUGCGCCUUGAAAUCUAUUAAGAAGCUCACUGGAUAGGAAAAAUUUUUCUAAUUUUAAUUUUUUUCAAACUUUUUUUAAAAAAAUCCAUUUAUGGAUAAGUACUGAACGAGUUGAGAAAAAGCUAUAAAAAAAUAAGUUUUUUUCCCAAAAAAAUCAAAUUUUUCGUGCUUGAACUAGCUUUAGAAGGAGGGAUAACGUUAAAAUUAUAUUUUUUUCACUUUUUUUAAAAAAAUAUUUUUUUCGAAUAUCGCCUUUUUUUCAAAAUUAGUUCUGAAACACAACCAAGUAAAAGCUACCGUAUGACAGGUGCUCGGACUGCGUAGUCUACGAGACAGUCUACCGUAAGAAGGAAAGUGAUUGCGGGCCCACAAUCGGCCACUGGGCAAAGGAGCGCGACGGAUUCUGGCAGACGGAUCCCGACGGCGGCUUCCACGUCUGCGGAUGGCCGUCUCAGGACCAUUUGUUGAAGGUUUUCCGUGGAUCUUGGCCUAGUGAAAAAGGCGAGAUAAUGGGUAGAUUGGCAAGGGUGGCGCGUUGCGUGCGCGACGCGGCUUUUGGCUGGGAACUCGAGAUCAAACCGGAAAAAAAAACCCUAAAAAAAUUUUCAGAGUGCGCGCUGGACAGCGCUAGUCUGACUGACUUGGCUGUCGCGCGUCAUGCUCAUCUCAUGUAUCUUUUCUCAUUUUUUCGACAGUUCCAAAAAACCCUUAACUUGAAACAGAUAUCCGGUUAUUCUCACAAUAUGCGAGUCUAAUGAGACGUCCGCAGAAUCGCGUGCACGGCUACUGUAAACAUUUGUCCGUAUAGGUCAAUCCGCGCCAGCUUGUCACGAUUUUUAAUUUUUUCGGAGCUACCGACGCCCUUUCGGCGCUUCGCUUCGAUGCUCUUGGUGUGCCCUCCUGCGUGCGCCUUUAAUAAAACUCAUUAUUUCCGAACUUUGGAAUUUUCUUUUCCUACAAAAAAAAGUUGUAACAUGAAAUUUUAGCCAAAAUAUAUAUGCAAAAAAGAGGCGCGCCGUAGCGCAACAGGUUGUGUGCCUGUCUACGGUCCACAGGGUCACAAGUUCGAUCCCCGCCCCGACCCAACCAAGGGGUUUAAGAAAUGUUGGUAGUGGGAGACCACGACUUCAUAAUCCCCAGCCGUCACACACAAGGACGGAUAUGUCACUGGAGCCAGUCCACUGAUAUCAGGAUAGGACCUCGCCUAAUCGACUUGGGGCGCCGACGCCGCUCAAGCGGUACAAAGGCGUAAGAAGAAGAAGAAGAAGAUAUAUGCAAAAAAGAGCUCGAACAGUCGGUUUCAUUACCAAAAAUUAAAAAGUAGAAAUUUAAUAUUUUUGAUCUUUUUUCCUAAAAAUCCAGCAUGGAAUCUGACUUUGUUUAGUUACAGCAAAAAAUGGAAUCAAACCAUUGAAAACAAACUCAUAAAUUAACAAAAGAGAGCAAAUUAAAGCGACAUAUUAAUCAGAAAUAAUGUUUUAUUAAAGGCGCAGGGGGAACAUCGAGAACAAUGAAGCAAAGAGCUGAAAGGGGUUCUGUAGCUCCGAGGAAACUGAAAAUCGUGACAAACUGUUGCGGACCUGUACACCGAUCAAAAGCAUAUUUCAAAAAUUAAAAGAGGGAAAAUGAAAUCGUGUUUUUCUCUAAAACCAGUCAUAUCUGUGAAUUUAUGAGUACUCUGUUCGAUUCGCAAUGAAAAGUUCUACAAAGUACCGCUUUUUAAUGUCCCUAUACCUUGAAUGGUUCUGAAAAGGUUCAGCUUCUUCUUUUUCUUACGCCUUUGUACCGCUUGAGCGGCUCCCCAUGCCGAUCAGGUGAGAUCCUAUACAGAGAAGGAACCAUAAUGGGUCCACGAAGGUACCUCUCAAGAUGGAUCGUAAAGGCCCCAUAAUGUGUCCAUCUUGAGACCUCCGAUACCUUUUAACUAUAUCUGAGCCACCUCGGAGGUUCUUUAGAGUCUCCCUGAAGUCUAUCUUAUUUUUCUCAAAGCCAUCAGAGCUAUACUCGAGGUACCAUCGUGAGACUUUAGAGCCUGUGACAUACCUCAGAGGAUCUCGCGGUACCCUUUCUCGAUUCGCCUAUGUACUCGUAUACCAGGGAUAAUCAGUGGAGUGGCUUAAGUUACAUAUCCGUCCUUGAUGGAUGAUCAAGAAGCAGUGGUUUUCUGACUAUAGUCAAUUUUUCCCGACUUGAAAGGCGAAGCGCGUUCGCAGUUUUUGGCACGAGCUCAGUUCAACCGCUAGCGGCUAUUCUGAAAGCUCUUCUUAUACGGAUGAGGGUUGCUUAGCCUCCCGUGGUGAACCCGUAUAAGCGCAGCUGGUAGAACUUUCGAAAAAACUUUUCAUCCCAGCUGAGGCACCGUUUUAGCACAGCUGGGUCACAGAUUUUCGAAAUAGACACAGCUGGGAGGCCUUUUUUCUUGCACCCGGUUGUUCCCCCGUUUUAUCCCAACCAGGGCUGCACGAUACACGAUCUCGUCUCGAGAUUUUUCGAGAUAUUUCGAGACAAGAUCUCGCCAAAAAUCAGUCAAAUUUUUUAAUCCCCGCCGCGACCCCUGGCUUGGAACUCGGGACCCUGUGGACCGGAGACAGGCACACAACCUGUUGCGCUACGGCGCGCCGCAAUCAGUUGAACGGAUAAAGGCAUGGAAAUAAAUUUUUCAUGUUUCCCAUGAUUUCGUUGAAGGAAAAACCGCGUCGCGUACGCAACGCAUCACGCUUACAUUUCCAGGCGGAAAAAAAAAUGGAAAAGCACUGAAAAAUUUUUAGGGCUCAUUAUAAGAUUAAAAAUUAGGGAUGAAAGGAAUACUGGAUUAAAAACUCCUGAAGUGGCCGCUAAAUAGAAAACCUUUACAGUGGCCACUCAAACGAAAAAUAGUGGCCACUUCAGUGUCCUCUCCAAGUAGUCCAAUAAAGGUUUUCACAGCAAUGAAAAAAAAAACAUAUAUCAUGCUAUUUCGGUUAGUGCUUCAUGCUAGAAGAGAAAAAUUGCUAAAUUGUUGUUAAAUAAAUAUUUUUUUCUUAAAAUAAUCAUUGAGGAUCGACUUAUUGAAUUCAAGUGUUUUGAAAUACAAUUUUAGCUGUUUAGUGCAAAUUUUCAAACAUCUUUUAAGAGAGUCGAGUGUUUUUUAAACUUUUUGAGUACAUGAAAGUCCACUUGGAAAACCAGACCAAGCUUCCUUUUGGUACCUUUCUUUAAGGGAAGAAUCUAGGUUUUUUCUACUUGAAAACCCAGGAAAAGUUCUAAUGAUAUCAAAACCAUUUUUAAAGAAGCAUAGGAAGGUUCCAUGAAGUUCGGAAAGAAUAGUCUUUUUUCAACUUUUUGGGUUUUUUAUUGAACAAAUUGAAUCGAAAUAGUGGGCAAAAAGAGAGAGUGAGAAUCAUGAUUAAUUUUUUACGUUAAACGUAACGUAUUUGUCGUUUUUCUCGCUCAUUUUUAUUUGAUAAAAUCUAAAAUAAUGGGAAAAAAUCAUUUGUUCCAGGCGUUGCAAACGAAAAAAAUGUCAUUCAGAGCUCCGUUGAUCAGAAUAGGUAAAGAAAUAAUUUUUUUUUUUUUGAAGAUUGAACAAUUUCUUUUCUAGUGAAGUCUCAGUAACACCGGCGCCAGAGCAGCAAACUUCGAUUUAUACGGUUUUUUAAUGAUUUUCCCAAGAAAGAGCCUCUUUUUGUUUGAAUUUCCAGGGCCUCAUCCCCUUGAGGAUUUUCAACGGAGAAAUGCACGAAUGUGUGAUUUGUCGGCGAUUUUUGCACCAGAGCAAAAUGGUCAGGUAUUCGAAGCAAUCCAUCGCCUGCCGCGCCUGGAUCCCAUUUCUGGGUGAUUUUUGGGACUUUGAAGGGAGAAAACGCGGUUUUUUAGUGUUAGUAAUCUGUUGGAACUGUAGAUUUUAGGGUUCUAAACUUUUAAAUUUGAAACGAAACCAUUUUUUUAAGCUGAAAAUUUACAGAUUUUCAUUGAAAAAUGGGCUUUUAUAAAAUGAAAGGAAGAUUUUAGAUUGAAUUUUUCUAUUAAACUUUUUUUUUUACAGAUUUAACCCUAAACUUUGCAAAUUUUAUUUAGAAUAGAACUUUUUCAUUUUUCUUUUCGAUUUUCCAAAAACGCCUUUAUGGAAAAAAAGAAGUAUGUUUUCACAUGAAAAAAAGUGCAUUGAAAACCUAAAAUUUGAUGUUUUUUUGGCUUUAAUUUGAAGCUUUCAGAGUGAAAUGUCAAACUUUUCUAACGGUGUUUGAAAAAAAUCAAAUUUUUUUAUUUCGAAAAAAAUAAAAACCUUUGAAAAAAAGUUUCAAAAUAUAGGGGAAAAAUUAACAUUUCUGUACCUUUUUGUGAUAAAAAAAUUAGACUGAUUAUGAAAAAAAUAUAGGAAAAACAGUAGAAAUUUAAAAAAAUGAGCGUUUAUUGAGCAGAAAAAUAGUUUCUGAAAAAUAGAAAAAAAUUAGUGAAAAACUAUGUCAACUUUCAAUCAAAAAUUGAAACUCUAAAUAAAAUUUUAUUCAUCAAAAAAAUUUUUUUCAAAAUCAUUUAAAAAAAAUAUUCAGGAGGCCCAGCUUUCAUACGAAAAAAAUGGAGAGACUGAAGAUUUCCGAGCGUGUGAUUUGCCGUUCGCAUUUUCCAACCGUCGGUAACGACGGCUUUUUCCGUUCCACUGAUUUCCCACUCAUCAUGGGAAAUAGAGUGAUUUUCCGACCAUUUUUGAUAAAUUAUUGAACAUUUUUCAGGCCCCUCGGUUGCUUCCGUACCAUAUCCGAAAAGAACACGACUAUUUAUUCGUGAGAUCGGUGAAAAACUAUUCGUUUCGUGGGAUUUUGUAGCUUCUAAUGGCUCUUAAAAAAUUAUAGACUUUGUAAAAAAUAUUUUAGUAGAAAGUUGAUUAUAAAAAAAGUGGAGAAGGUUGAAAAUUAUCGUUUUCUUCAAAGCUGAAAAUAAUUUUUUUUUUUAGGAAUUUUAGAACUUUCUGGUAAUUUUGAUGAUCAAUAAGGGUCUAAUUUAAGUUCCUUUGAAGCUUGGAUGAACUUAAAAAUACUCAAAAAUGCAUUUGUUAGCUGCAGAAAAGUUGAGGGACCUCUUAAGUGUUUGGAAUUAACUUUCAUAAUGAUUUUUUAUUUAACAAACGAUUUUUGGUGAUUUUGAUGGUUGAAAAGGGUCAAAUUUAAGUUCCAGUAGAUUUUUAAGCUUGAAUGGAAUUGAACUACGCAAAAAUAUAUAUAUUAGCUCCAGAAAAUUUUAGGGACCUCUCAAGUGUUCGGAAUUGACUUUCAUAAUAGUUUUUUUUUAUUUUACAGGCUAUUUUUGGUAAUUUUGGUGGUCAAAAAGUGUCAAAUUCAAGUUCCUUUGAAGCUUAGAUUAACUCAAAAAUACUCAGAAAUACAGGGUGGCCAAUAAAUAUUGAAACGCGUUUGAAACGUUAUAACUUUCUCAAAAGUCAACCAAACAUCACCAAACUUGGAACAAAUUUUAUUCAUACAAUAUAGAAACAAAAUUCAAGAAUAGUUUUCAAAACGUCCUCCUUUAGCUUUGAUAACGGCCUUCAGUCUCUUCGGAUACGCAUCGAUCACGGCACGAAGGUCGUCGUCGUCGAUUUCGUCCCAUUUCUUGAUGAGCACGGUCUUCAGAGCUUUGAUACUUGGGUAGUUCUUAGAAGAGACCUUCUCGGUCAGAUAUAUCCACACGGCAUAGUCCAUCGGGUUGAGGUCGGACGAGGAAGCAGGCCAAUCAGCAGCCGAGAUGAACUCGGAAAAUUGGCGCGAUACCACUCUUGAGUCCCUUUGGCACGAUGAGCGAGGGCGCCGUCUUGUUGGAAGGUCCAUGGUCGGUUUCCGUAGUGAGAAUUGGCUCAGGGCAACACCCUCAACUUCAAAAUCUAUUCCCUGUAGUAUACUUGGUUCACUUUGACUCCAGGAUUCACAAAAAUCAGCGGAGUUUUGUCGUCAGCGGUAAUUCCGGCAAAAACCAUCACGGAAGCCGGAUGCGAAGUUUUAUUCAGAAUUUUUCCUUUUUCACAGGCACUCUGAUAGUCAGUAGCGAUGAUCCGAUGAUUUUGGCCGUUCUUGUUCGCCUCCACAGUGAAGAUUUUCUCGUCGGUAAAUAGUGUCGUCAGAUGCGAGCCAUCUUUCGUGCCAGCGAGCAGCUUUCAAGCCUUUUUCAUCCACAAUGUCUUGUUUUUUUGAUUGAGGAAGGCUCCUUUCUGCAUACGGUAGGGAAUCAUCUUCAGCUUGUUCUUGACAAUAGUUCUCAUCGAUUCUCGACUCAUUUUGUAUUCUUUUGCCAUCUUUCUCAUGCUUCUUUCCGGAGUGCGUCUGAUUUUCUCUCGAACGGCUUUGACGGCUUCUGGAGUCGUGACGGUGACUGGACGUCCCCUUCUUUGCAUGUCAUCUGAAGUACCCAGAUGCCGAUAUCGUUGUGCAGUUCGAAAAAAAUUCAAUGGCCAGUCCUUUGUGCAAAAAGCAGCGAUCGAACAAAAAACGGUUUCAAUAUUUAUUGGCCACCCUGUAGAUAAUAUAGCCCCGAAAAAUUUUAAGGGUCCUCUCGAGUGUUUGGAAUUGUCUUUCAUAAUGAUUUAUUUAACAAACGAUUUUUGGUGAUUUUUAUGGUUGAAAAUGGUCAAAUUCAAGUUUCUUUGAAACUUGAAUGAACUUAAAAAUAAUCAGAAACGGAUAUAUUAACUUCAGAAAAGUGAAGGGGCCUCUUAAGUGUCCGAAAUAAACUUUUAAAGUAGUUCCACAUUUUUCUACUUUACAAACUAUUUUUGGUGAUUUUGAUGAUCAAAAAGGGUCAAAUUCAAGUUUCAGUAGACUUUUAAGCUUGAACGGACUUGAUAUACUCAGAAAUAUUCAGAAAAGUUGAAGGGGCCUCUUUAGGGUUCGAAACAAACUUUCAAACUAAUUUUCACGUUUUGAACCUUUUUUUUUGGGAUUUCGAAGGUCAAAAAAAGUACCAAAUUUCAGUUUCAGUAGACUUUUUAAGCUUGAAUGAUUCUAAAAAAAUAUUCAUUAUAAGAUGUAUUAGAUCCUGAAAAGCUUAGGGACCUCUUAAGUGUUCAAAAUUUUUUUUAGAAAUAGUUUUUUGAUGGUUUUGGUGGUCGAAAAGUGACAAAUUUAAGAUCCAGUAGUUUUUUGGAACUUAUGAGCCCCUAAUAACUUCGAAAUUAUAUUUUUAUUUAGUAAAGCUUUUUCCAGAAAACACAAAUGAUGCAACAGCUGGCAGAAGACAGGAAUCACCUUUUCUUCCCUGUGAAAAAUUCGCCCAAAAAAGAGGAAAAUGAUGAGAUCGAGAAAACGUCCAAUGAAAGACGGAUGGUGGAGGAAGGUUUGAAAAAUAUGAUAGGAAAAAAAUAAUUAAAAAUCGAAAAACAGUGAAAAAUGCUCGUUUUUUGUUUAAAAACUGUCACGUCCAAUAAAAGUCACAUAAAAAGAAGUUGAGAAAAAAUAGCCACCUAAAAACGGAGAUUAUCCCUGGAGCGCACAAGGUAGAAGCACAUAAUUUUAAUUAUUAUAAAUACCUCUUUUUUUAGUUAGAGGAUCGCUGGGACCCCUAGAGCUUAAGGGGCCUAGGGAUCGGAAGCUAAACCCCUAUAGGGAGCACCUGAAUUUCGGCCCUAAAGUGAUCCCCUGACCCCUAUAGGGACCACUCUGGCGUUCCUCAGCGUGCAGAAGCUCCAGAAAGUCCCUGUUAAUAAAGUUUUAAGCUAAAAAAAAGCUGUGGAAAAACUUGAAAAAUUGAGAAAACCACUAAAAAACGAAAAAAAUGACAUGGGAUUCCUAGAAGACGUAAUUGUGCUCGAAGACAUCGUCGAGGUCGAGCCGCAGUUUGAAAACUCUGGUUGGGAGUUUAUUUCUGGAAUAACUAAAAUAUCAUUUCCCCAGAGACACCUGUGGAAAACGUUAUCAACGAGGAUCCGCCUAUCGAGGAGACCCAGUAUUUUGAGAUUUUUUGCGGUGAGUUUUGGGGGAAAUGACUUGGGAUGAGAAAAUUGGAAGUAAGAAACUUUUACGUUUGUAAUACGAGUCUAAAAUACAAGUUAAAAGUCUAAAUACCAUAAAAUCCCGAAUAAAACAUGGUUUUUCUGAAAAAUGCUUCCGUUUUAGACCUCCGAUGUGAACUUAUAUCAAGUAGAAUAUUAAUAAUAAUCAGAUUUGAAAAAUACCGAAUUUUCUCUGAGUUUGAAAGGGCUCGAAAUUUUGGAGAAACAAGGAAAAAUUCAAGAAAAUCUCUGCCUUUUCAUUUCGAUAAUUCUUGGAAGAAAAUGGACGACGUGCGUAGAGAAUGAACUUUGUGGGGUUUUUUGAGAAAAGCUUUAUUUUUGGAAUUUUACCAACUUUCAGGCUUCAAAAAACAAGUCAGUCUAAAAAGGUAAUUUUUGAGAGAUUAUAAAAGUUUAUAUUAUUUUUCUAACAAACGGAAUUUUCCAUAGAAACCAUAAGAAUCAAUCGAGUUUCACCGCGAUGGGCAGUCAGGCUCUUGAAGUCACAUUGCUCAUGUUACAGCCAAUUCCGAGCUGAACCAGGAUCCGUCGGCGAACGCGACGCAACACGCGACGCGUCCCACUUGCCUCCUAUGCGGCGCUUGUUGUACCGUCACUUGGAACAGGACUUUGAAGUUUUCUGUCAGUUUUUCGUUGAUUUCCUAGUGAGAAGAACACUCAAGGGGUCGCUUAGAUAGUGCGGUCAAAAAAGUUUAGGAAAGUUAACCGGAGAGGUCAUUUUAUAGUUGAAAGCAUGUUGAUAGAAAACCACAUUUCCUCCUCCUUCAGUGACCACUUGAGCAUCUUCUUAAUUCGAUCUUUUAAAAUCCAAGUGGCGACUUAAUAAAAUCUGCCUUUGAUGUGUCCUUGCAAAAAGAUCUUAUAAGAUCACUUGGAACAUGAAUUUGAAGUUUUUUGUCAGUAUUUGCUCUUGUAAGAAUAACACUUAAGGGGUCGCUUGAGCUGGAAACAAAGAUAGUUAUCAAAUUUUGGGAAGUUCAACCCUAAAAAAUGGAGUUGAGAGGUCAUCCAAGUUGAGAAAUACUUGAGUGGCCACUUGGAGUAUUUGUACUUUGAGAGAACCUAAGUGCCCACUUGAGAACUUUUUUCGAUAUGAAAAUGAGGGCUAGCGAUAACUUUCGCCGCUUCUUUCAAUAAAUAUCAUUUAAGGGACCACUAGCCUAUAGAAUCACCCUAAAGAGAAACCUGAGCGGCCACUUUAGGAAUGAAAUUUCUGAUUUAAAUAAUUUUGACAGUUUUUAGAACUUUUUCUCGAAUAAUUUAAAGUAGUCUGACAUCUUCAACGAAAUUUUGCUUUCUGAAAGUUCAAGUGGUCACUCAAGAGAUUUCAGCUUGAAGUGGUCUCUUAAGAAGGCAGCUGAGUACUCAAGCCCUUUUUUUCUCCUUUAGUGAUCAUUUUUUUAACUCCUUUCAAAAUCAAUUUUUUUGAAGCUUAGGUGACCAUUUGAAUUAUUUAAAUUCGAGUUAUUACCUCGAAAAAGAGUUAACGAAUUACUCAAGAGCUUUUUUUUCCUCCUACAGUGACCACUUGAACUUCUUCCAAAAUCCAUUUUUAAAAGUCCAAGUAGCCACUCAAGAGAUUUCAUAUUGAAGUGGUACCUCGGAGAGACAGAUAAUUAAUCACUUAAGGGAUUUCUCCUAAAUGACUACUAGAAGGUUUUUUAAAUCCCUGACGUCCUCUCAAAGCCUCAAAUUCUUCAAUUUUUCUCAAAAAUCAAAUUUUUUUUAGGAGAUUCGUUGCCCCAACGAACACAUGUACAGCCGCCGCGCUCGCCAUUGUCCUGUCACUGGGAAAAUUGUUUUUGACUUUUUCUAA